AUGGGCGAAGCUGCGGCCGGACCCGGUUUCGGGGACUUCGCAGAGAUGGAGAAGGAGGUGGUGGGGUGGCUGCUGACGCGGCGGGACGUCAAGGACUGCGUGGAGGUGGCCCAGGCUGGCAACGAGGAGGAGGCCACGGAGAUGCUCCUCGCGGUGGUGCAGGGCUUGCUGCAGGCGCAGCCGAAGGCGAAAGCCGUCACGAAGCGCGCGGCGAAGCGGAAGGGCUCCUUGCCCGGCCGCGCGGAGGAAGCUGAAAGCGGACAGGCGAAGCGCCGGUGGCUGGAGGACUGCACGCGGGCGCUGGAGGCGGACCGCCUGGAGUCGGAGGAGCUGCGCCGCGCCAAGUCCGCGGAGAUCCAGGAAGCUCCUGCGGCGCCGCCGCGGCCGGUGCCGCUCUUCUGGCGGAUCGACCUGCCGGAGGUGCUGAAGGUGCUCUCACAGCAGGGCGUGCUGCCUAGAAGCUUUCUGCCGGCGGCUCGCCAGGGCCUGGAGCUGUGGACACCUCACUUCCAGGCCAUGGGCUGCGCGGCCAGCACCGUGUCCAAGAGCGCCGUGUCGGAGAUCAACCCAGGAGUCCGUGACAAUUACUUCGUCGUGCUGCCGCAGGGCGACUCGGGCAAGCGGGUCUGCGAAGCUUCCAUCGACUUUGAGGAGCCUACGCGGUCUUUCGACUCCAUGCAGUACCGCCACUCGAGCCAGGACCCUGCCAAACUUCCACCGGUGGCGUCCACGCACCAGCGUCACACCAUCCGGAUGAAGCAAUUCCUGAAGGCCGUUCCGUCGCAAGAGGCCGCGCUCAGACGAGAUGUCUACACCCGGAGGUUGGACGUCUUGAAGCAUCGAUGGGCAGUCGAGACAUAA